AUGACUGGCACUAAAAAUAGAAAAAAUCAUUCACUUCCAUCAAUAUCAUCAAAUCGUAAGAUUAAAAUUAAAAUCAAACCAUCAAUAACUAAAACUUCAACAAUUCAUCGUCGAUCUCAACGACGUCGAACAAAUGUUCUAUCAUCAACACCAAGUAGUUCAUUAUUAUCAAUGA